CUCAAGAUUCCAUACCUAGGAGGUAGUUAUAGUAAUUCGUGUGCAUAUCCAAUCUAAUAGCUAUACCCCGGGUGGAAGAAAUGAAAUUAGUCUAAAUGUUGUACUUCAUCUUGCUUUCCGCUGCCAUCACCUGGUGGACGGUCUUCGCCUUAUGGCUAGCACGAUACCCACAGCUGCUCUUCCGCACCGCGCGCUGGGGGAUUAAUGUCUGGAUGCUAGUGUUCGGGUUACUGGGCAUGAGGGCGGUAACGGCAGGAUUUGACACCAUCGAUCCCGAGACCAUGAGCAACUAUCCAAACCCCACCACCGUCUUCUGGUUCUUCUACGUCUGGUACGGGGUAGUCUGCAUCAGUGUCGUCUACCAAGGGUAUCUUCCCAUUGCCUUUCUUGUGCUUCUCGGGGUGGCGUUGGGGUGCCCUGAGCUGCGCAGAUUGAUAGAUUAUGGGCUGAUCAGCCUCGGGUGGCUGGAUUGGGUGUAUAAUCCCGGCUUUACGCUGAUGAUGGAGAUGCUUCACGCUGGUCUCAGACACCGGGCAUCAUAGACGGGGGUGGUCUUUUCUUUGGAUCGUAGCGGUGUUUUGCUGAAGCUGAGAGUUAGCGGUCGGGCUAGGAUAACGGCCAGCGUGCUUUGAAUGUCUAUUGUUCGAGGAUUGUAUCAUAGAAGCCCCUUAUAUUCAAAGGAUUCCAUCUCACCCAGCAUGCUCAUUGAGAUGAUCUCUUUAUGUACCUAACAAUACAGAUUGUUCCGUCCAGACAAGAGAUAGAAAAAGGCAUAGUUCGAGAUACAAAGCUAUUGCAAAUAACUUUAUCUCGGCGCCAAA